AUGAAACUCGUAAGCACGAGUUUUGUAGAGUUUCAAUCACCCCAUUUGCUUCUUGGCAUUGCUCUUGUAUUGUGCCUUAACCAAGUCUCGUCCACCACCAAUGAAACAGACAGAGUCGCAUUGCUCGCAUUUAAGGCCAGCAUAACCGGAGAUCCUUUAGGUGUGCUCAACUCAUGGAAUAAUAGCAUUGGCUUUUGCCAGUGGUAUGGCGUUACGUGUAGCCGGAAGCACCGAAGGGUCACGGCCCUAGACUUGUCAUCACAAAGACUCUCCGGAUCAAUCUCUCCCCAUAUUGGGAAUCUAAGCUUCCUAAGGGAAAUGCGGCUUCUCAACAACAGUCUUGAUCAUGAAAUCCCACCACAAGUCGGUCAGCUGCGACACCUUCGUCACUUUAGACUUAACAACAAUUCAUUGGUCGGUGAAAUUCCCAAAAACAUAUCGGUUUGCUCUAACCUUGUCACCCUCCUUCUCCAUGUCAACCGACUAAUCGGAGAGAUUCCUGGAGAGCUCGGUUCACUAUCGAAGCUACGGGUGUUCGCUUUGUCUGUUAAUAAUUUGAUUGGGAGCGUGCCUUCCUCCAUUGGAAACUUAUCUUCAUUAGAAGCCUUUUAUUUAGGCUUCAACAACUUGGGCGGGAGCAUUCCCCAAAAUCUAGGCCACCUGACAAACUUGCAACUCAUUUCCCUUACAGAAAAUAGAUUGUCAGGUACAAUUCCAUCUUCGUUACUCAAUCUCUCUUCGCUAGUUCAUUUUGCUGUUGGAGACAACUGGAUACUAGGGACUCUUCCCACAGAUAUAGGCCUCAAACUCCCUGUUCUUGAAUAUUUGGAAGUCUACCUGAACCAACUUGAGGGGCCGAUUCCCCCGUCGAUAUCGAAUUCCACAAAAUUAUGGGCCUUUCAACUUCAAUCUAACAAAUUUUCUGGGAAAGUACCUUCUUUUGAAACUAUGCAUGAGCUUUAUUGGUUUAUAAUCUUUGAUAAUCAGCUUGGAAGAGGAAAACCUGGAGACUUAAGCUUCCUUUGCUCCCUGACCAACAACACCAAAUUAAUUAAUGUACAGAUUCACAUGAACAAGUUUGGUGGGGUGUUACCAAAAUGCAUAGGUAAUUUAUCUACUACUCUCAUGACACUUAUAAUAGAUGAGAAUCAAAUAUCCGGUGAGAUUCCAGAAGAAAUUGGGAAUCUUGUCAACCUAGAUCUAUUGUCUAUGGGUCCCAACCAUCUUUCAGGUGGUAUACCCUCAAAUUUGGGGAAUCUACAAAAUCUAGUGAAACUGUACUUAAGUGAUAACAACUUGCAAGGGACCAUCCCAUCUUCUUUUGGAAAUUUAACCAAGUUGAUUGUACUAGGUCUUGGCAAUAACAAAUUUCAAGGGCAAAUUCCUUCCCAUUUGUCAAACUGUCGGUCUCUUAAUCUUCUUCAUCUAUCUAAUAACAAUCUCAGUGGUGCCAUACCCCCACGGCUUAUAGGUCUCUCAUCAUUAGCGAUUAUUUUGGACUUGUCUCAUAACCAUCUGACUGGGGUUCUACCCAUAGAAGUUGGCAACUUGAGAGGUCUGACUGAGUUGGACAUCUCGGACAAUUUGUUGGGAGGUGAAAUCCCCGAUAGUUUAGGUGAUUGCACUUCAUUGAUAGCAUUGAGGAUGGGGGGCAACUUCUUCCAUGGGUCCAUUCCUCAAUCAAUAAGAUCAUUAGGAGGCAUUGAAGAGAUGGAUCUUUCACGCAACAAUUUGUCGGGUCAGAUUCCAGAAUUCUUAACAAUAUUUCAUUCCUUGAAAGUCUUGAAUUUGUCAUAUAAUAAAUUUCAAGGCAUGUUACCAUGCGAAGGAGUCUUUAAGAAUGCUACUGGUACUUCCAUUAUUGGGAACAAUGAGCUCUGCGGAGGACUGCAAGAAUUUCACCUCCCCAACUGCAUUUUUAAAGGCUCCAAGAGAAGAAAGACUAAUAUAAUGGUAUUGUCUAUUUCUAUUAUUUUUGGAGUUCUUGGAACAUCUCUUUUGCUUGCUCUUAUAUAUCUUUUUGGGUUGAAGAAGAAAGUAAAUAAACCAGUUUCAAGUUCGACAAACGAUUCGCGUUUGAAUGUAUCUUAUGGAACACUCCUAAAAGCGACAGAUGGAUUUUCUUCAAUGAGUUUGAUUGGUGUUGGAAGCUUUGGUUCUGUAUAUAGGGGGAUACUCGAGGGUGAUGGGACUAUUGUUGCAGUGAAAGUGCUUCAUUUAGUGCUCCGCGGUGCUCUGAAAGGCUUCAUAGUUGAGUGUGAGGCAUUAAGGAAUAUUAGACAUCGAAAUCUUUUGAAGAUAUUGACAGUUUGCUCAAGUAUUGAUUAUCAAGGAAGUGAUUUUAAGGCCUUAGUCUAUCAAUUCAUGGACAAUGGAAACCUGGAAAGGUGGCUGCAUCCAAACACAACAUCAUCUCAUAGGAAUGAGCUUCCGAAAAGGUUGAAUUUCAUUUGGAGGAUAAAUAUUGCUAUUGAUGUUGCUUCUGCACUAGAUUAUCUUCAUCACAGGUGCCACAUUCCCAUCGUUCAUUGUGAUUUAAAACCGAGCAAUGUCCUCUUAGAUGCUCAAAUGGUCGCACAUGUGGGUGACUUUGGAUUGGCGAAAUUCCUUCUUGGAUCAUCCACUAAUAUUGUAGCUAAUCAGAUGAGCUCAAUGGGUCUUAGAGGGACAAUUGGUUAUGCUCCACCAGAGUAUGCAAUGGGAUGCGAGGUCUCAAGAGAAGGAGAUAUCUACAGUUACGGUAUUCUCUUAUUAGAGAUGUUCACGGGAUUGAGUCCCACCGAUGACAAAUUCGGGGACAAUUUGACUCUCCGUAGUUUUGUCACAGCAGCUUUGUCUGAACGAGCCUUGGAAAUUACAGAUCACAUUCUACUUCUAGAAAGAGAGAGUCGUUUUGAUCCCAAUAGUCCCAAAAGCAAUGACAUAUUUCAAGAGUGUUUGGUUAUGGUAUAUAAUAUUGGAGUGGCUUGUUCCAAUGAAGUGCCUCGAAGACGGAUGAGCAUCGGCGGUGUUGCAAAUCAAUUGCAAAAGACUAGGGAAAAGCUUUUUGCAUUGGGUUUUCAGGAACAAGAUGAACUAUCACAGGUAUAUGUUGAGUAUUAUAGUGGUGAUGAGAAUGAGGAUGAUGAUGAGGAUGGUGAGGAUGAGGAUGGGGAUGGGGAUGAACAGACCACCACUGAAAGAGGAGAAGUGAGGGAUCCUAUUCAAGCGAGUAAUCAGGUCGGGGAUGAAAGAGAUGAAACGGAGAGAACUCACAUUGAUAGGGAUGAACAAACAGUGAGAUGUCCUGAAAGCUUGGGUGAAGAUUUGGGUGAAGAUGUGGGCGAAGCAAACUUCAUUGGAUUAGAAUGGGAAAUUGCUUUAUCCAUUGGAUCGGAAGAUGAAUAUUUUGCUUCAUUAGUAAAGAAGCAAGUAGGAGUUAAUGUGUCAAGGAACCAAUGUAAGAGAGCAAAGAUGAGGGUGAUAAAAAUACUGAUGGGUGGGUAUAAGGAAGAAUAUGCGCAGCUGACAAAGGAAGGUUUUGAUGCACUCUUCCAGACAGAAGCUAAGCACUGGUGUCGGGCCUUCUUCAGCGAAGAUUUCAAGUGCGAUAUCAUUGAUAACAACCUCAGUAAAGCUUUCAAUGGCAGAAUUUUAGAGGCCAGAUGCAAACCAAUCAUCAGCAUGCUUAAUGAUAUUCGAGUGAUGGUGAUGACUAGACUGCAUAGGCAAAGAGAUGAGGCUAUGAAAUGGACUAGAGACUGUGGCCCUAGGAUUAUGAAGAGAUUGGAUGCAAACAUUGCUGCUAGUAGGUUCUACUAUCCAAUUUGGAAUGGAGAUAAUGGACAAGAGAUUAUUCAAGAUCAUGAUAAGCGACUGGGCCGAAGACUCGUAGCUGGGGAAGACCGAAGCUGCUGGAGGUUGCUGGGCUUCUCGCGGACGGGCUUCUCGUGGACGACACUGGGUUUUGUUGCUGGACUCGGUGAAGACAAGCAGCAGUGGAGCUGCACGAUGGAGAGAAGCCGCGAAGAAGGAAGUGGUGGUCUUCGGUGGACUGUUGGAGAAGUGCUGGCCGCUGCUUCGGUCUUGAUGGACAUGGCAACGGCAGCAAAUUCGGUGGAGACGUUGGACAUGUGCGGCUUCGGCUUCGCUGGCUUUGGUCAACAAGAUGGAGGAGCUGUUGGUUCCGUUGACUACGAAGACGCGUGGAGAUGGGGCGGCCUGCUGGCGUCCAAGGAGCUGAAGAUCGGAGGGAGGCCUGCAGGGGAAAUCAGCUUCGUGGGAGUGGCAGCAAGGAAUGGAGAGAGAGAGAGAACUCGGUGGAUGGGAGUGGCCGCGUGA